GGACACUGGGCUUCUGUGUGCCAGCCGCAGCCGUUGGCUGGCGGGCGCCCAAUCCCAGGGCAUGCCGCGGGACGCUGGCCAGGACGCACGGUGAGAGACGAGUUUGGGGGAAGGCUUGACCCCCCCAGCUGCCAGCAGAAGCCGGCUUCGGGAGCCCAGGCGCUGGGGCCGCUGUAGUCGGGCUUGCUGGGCUGCAGCUACGGGAGCAGGGCACCCCCGGGCUCGCAGGGAAGGCGGCGGCAUGGCUUCGGUGUUCAUGUGUGGAGUGGAGGACCUGCUGUUCAGCGGCAGCCGCUUCGUGUGGAACUUGACUGUGUCCACUCUGCGGAGAUGGUACACGGAAAGGCUGCGGGCUUGCCACCAGGUGCUGCGGACGUGGUGCGGGCUUCGGGACGUGUACCAGAUGACAGAAGGCAGGCACUGCCAGGUGCACCUCCUGGAUGACAGGAGACUGGAGCUGCUGGUUCAGCCCAAACUUUUAUCAAGAGAGUUGCUGGACCUGGUGGCUUCACAUUUCAACCUGAAAGAAAAGGAGUACUUUGGAAUAACGUUUGCAGAUGACAUAGGUCAGCAGAACUGGCUACAGUUAGAUCACCGAGUUCUUGACCAUGAUUUGCCCAAGAAACCAGGCCCAACCAUUUUGCACUUUGCUGUGAGGUUUUACAUUGAGAGCAUAUCAUUUCUGAAGGAUAAAACCACCGUGGAGCUGUUUUUCCUGAAUGCAAAGUCCUGCGUACACAAGGGGCAAAUUGAAGUAGACAGUGAAACCAUCUUCAAGUUAGCAGCGCUUGUUUUACAGGAAUCCAAAGGGGAUUAUACCAGUGAUGAGAAUGCCAGGAAAGAUUUAAAAUCACUGCCAGCCUUUCCAACAAGAACUCUGCAGGAGCAUCCGUCCCUUGCUUAUUGUGAGGACAGGGUGAUUGAGCAUUAUUUGAAAAUUAAAGGUCUGACUCGGGGUCAAGCUGUGGUUCAGUAUAUGAAAAUAGUAGAAGCUCUACCAACUUAUGGAGUCCAUUAUUAUGCAGUAAAGGAUAAACAAGGACUUCCUUGGUGGCUUGGAAUCAGCUAUAAAGGAAUCGGCCAGUAUGAUUUACAAGAUAAAGUGAAACCUCGGAAGUUAUUCCAGUGGAAACAGCUGGAGAACUUGUAUUUCCGUGAGAAAAAAUUUGCUGUUGAAGUUCAUGAUCCACGGAGGAUUUCAGUGUCAAGAAGAACCUUUGGGCAAAGUGGCCUCUUUGUGCAGACGUGGUAUGCAAACUCCUCUCUCAUCAAGUCCAUCUGGGUAAUGGCAAUUAGUCAGCAUCAGUUUUACUUGGACCGGAAGCAAAGCAAAGCAAAAAUUCCUUCAGCCAGGAGUUUAGAUGAUAUUGCGAUGGAUUUGACGGAGACAGGAACAGCAAGGGUCUCCAAACUGGUGACGCUGGAGGCAAAGAGUCAGUUUAUCAUGGCAAGCAAUGGCAGUUUGAUCUCCUCAGGUUCUCAAGACUCAGAAGUUAGUGAGGAGCAAAAGAGAGAAAAAAUCCUUGAACUCAAGAAGAAGGAGAAGCUGUUGCAAGAAAAACUCCUGAAGAAAGUGGAGGAGCUUAAGAAGAUCUGUUUGCGGGAGGCCGAGCUCACCGGCAAAAUGCCAAAGGAGUAUCCUCUGAACGUAGGUGAGAAACCUCCUCAGGUCAGAAGGCGUGUAGGUACCACGUUCAAAUUAGAUGACCACUUGCUGCCCAGUGAAGAGGACCCUACUUUGCAAGAACUGGAGAGCAACUUCCUAAUACAGCAAAAGCUGGUUGAAGCUGCCAAGAAGCUUGCCAGUGAGACAGACCUUUGUAAAACAGUGAAGAAAAAACGAAAGCAAGAUUACACAGAUGCUGUGAAAAAACUCCAGGAGAUUGAAAAUGCAAUAAAUGAAUACCGAAUCAGAUGUGGAAAGAAACCCAGCCAGAAAGCAACAGUUAUUUUACCAGAAGACAUAAUCCCAUCAGAGAGCAGCUCCUUGUCUGACACUGCCACCUAUGAUGAACCUAACGACGCCUUCACUCUUGCUGGGCAGCGAUCAAGUUCAGUACCUCAUUCUCCAAGAAUUCCCCCUCCUAAGUCUCUCGGUAUUGAGCGAAUCCAUUGCAGAAAGUCCUCUAUCAAUGAACAGUUUGUGGACACCAGGCAGUCCAGAGAAAUGCUUUCGACACAUAGCAGCCCUUACAAAACCCUGGAGAGGCGGCCCCAGGGAAGACGAAGCAUGCCCAGCACACCGGUCCUCACCCGCAAUGCCUACAGCAGCAGCCACCUGGAACCUGAAUCUUCAUCUCAGCACUGCCGCCAGCGGAGUGGAAGCCUCGAGUCCCAGCCUCACCUGCUCUCCGAGAUGGACAAUGAUAAGCCAUUUUUCUCCCUCUCCAAAUCCCAAAGAAGCAGCAGCACAGAAAUCCUGGAUGAUGGGUCUUCCUACACCAGCCAGUCAAGCACAGAGUAUUGCUGUGUGACGCCAGUUGCCGGCGCCUAUUACGGCACCCAGACUCUGGACACUCGUACCAGGGGUCGGAGAAGGUCCAAGAAACAGAACGUCUCAACUUCAAAUUCAGGAAGCAUGCCUAAUCUAGCACAAAAGGACAGCGUGAGGAAUGGUGUCCACACAAAGAGUCAGGACCAGCCUUCUUCCAGUUACUAUAUUGCCGGGUACACACCAUAUGCAGAGUGUGAUCUUUAUUACAGUGGCGGCUACGUCUAUGAGAAUGACACUGAAGGACAGUACAGUGUCAAUCCUUCCUACAGGUCCUCGGCCCACUAUGGAUACGACCGCCAAAGGGACUACAGCAGGUCCUUUCAUGAAGACGAGGUCGACCGGGUGCCCCAUAACCCAUAUGCAACUCUCCGACUGCCCAGGAAGACUGCUGCCAAGUCGGAGCAUAUCACCAAAAACAUCCACAAGGCCUUAGUUGCAGAGCACCUGCGUGGCUGGUACCAGCGGGCCUCUGGGCAAAAGGAUCAGGGGCACAGCCCACAGUCUAGCUUUGACUCGGACAGGGGGUCACAGAGAUGCCUGGGGGUUGCCGGCCUUCAGGUACCCUGUUCUCCAAGCAGCCGGGCAUCUUCCUACUCUUCAGUGUCUUCCACAACUGCUUCCGGAAACUGGAGGACCCAGAUAGCUGUUGGGUUAUCUGAGUACGAGACCCUGGCACAUGCUUCUUACACCAGCUGCUAUGGCAACAUCUAUAAUCCUUUGCCUUCUCCAGGCAGACAAUACACAGACACCAUUCCAGCGGACAGUCCAGAUGGAAACCCGUUGGAAGACAGCCUGGAGACUAGUGAGCAGAGGCUCUUCUGGCAUGAAGAUUCUAAGCCUGGAACAUUAGUCUGAACUGCAGUCGGAUCUCUUGGCCAAGCACUGCACUCUCACACUAGUGUGCCUUGCAGAAUGUGCUCGUCUUCCCAGAAGGCUGUUUGGCUUCAGAAACCCAAAGCCAUCCAAGAGUGAAGAGAAUCCUCUGUGGCCCCCAGAAAUGACUAAGCCCUAGAAGAAGCCCCGAACGGACAACUUGCCUUUCAGCUCCAGGCGCUACCCUAAUGGCACAAAGUCGGACCACAUGUUGAACCAUUAUCAAGGGAGGACUCAGCCUUUAUCAAUAGCAAGCACUUUUUAAGAGAAUGAAAGUUGUUAAGAGAAGGCAAAUCUCAAAACUGUGAAAAGUGCAUUCAGGUCUCCAACAGGAAAGAAGGACAGGAAAUUACAGAGCACAAUUCAGAAUGAUGUGAGAAGGGAAAUGAGGGCGCUCCUUAGCCAUUGCUCACCAUCAGAAUGUUUGAAUGGGUGAGCUGGCAAAGAAUAACAUGUUAUUUCUACACGGACAUAAACAAUUUAGACAGUAUUGGAAAAUUACUUGAAGAGAAGCUGGAUUUUGAUGAAGUUCUGAAUGAGUGUAAAUGUUCUUAGGAUAUUUUAAAGAGUGAUGGUUUUCAUAAGCACCAUAAUAUGGGUUCUAGAAAGACUUACUGCUGUAGCAUCCUGUAAUAUAACUUUAUGGUAGCAGACUGGGGAAAAUGAAGCAGUCCCCUGAAUAACUGACAAACCCUGCUUGGAGAAUUUUCUAAGGUACAAUAUCAUUGCUCUUUUUUUCUUUCUACACCAAUAGUAUGAUGAGCAUUUAUUCAGGCUGGUAACUCUCCAACUUGGCUGUUAUGAAAUGGCAGACAUGAUGUGGAAAGUUUUUAGAAUCAAAAAUUUGAAAAACUAUUUAAAGGUGAUACAGAAAGAACCCAAAACAAAAGAAAACAAAAACCAUAUCAUUUUAGAUGAAUUUUGUGCCUUAAAAUGGUGAGCAUCAGAAAAUUAAGCAUAUUGUCUGGAUUCCACAGGUAGGUCUAAGUCACUAAGUGACACAACAAGAUUAGUCAUUAAAAAAAAUUCCAGGUUGCAGUAGAUUUAAUUAUGAGGCUAAAACUACCUCAUACUUUCCUUGGAAGAACUAAUUAGCUAUGGUUAUUAUAGGGUGUGUUUUUUUUAAUGAAUAUUUCCAUAUUCCAGAUGAUCUUUUUUGUCAUCUUUAUUCUGCUUCAAAAUUCCAUAAAAGGUGCUCCCUGUCCUCUUUUUUUACAAGUUUCUUGUUCAUAUUGUGAAUAGAGAAGUUUCUGAACUUUUUUGGAACAUUUUUCUAUCUAUAUUCCAAAGCAUGUAAUAUAUACAUAAAGAUGAUUUGUUAACUGGUCCUUAGUCAUUUGUAUCAUUAAAAAUGAAGCUGGGGAAAAAAUUGAACAAAAAAAAGACAUGCAAAAAAAAUAACUUAUUCCUUUUUGCAUAUUUGUAUAGCCUCCUAGAAACAGAAAUACCCUUUUGCAUAUUCUUUUACUAUUCUGACUUUUUAAGACCUAUUAUUUUUUUACAUAGGUCAAUAAACUAAAGGUGUGCUACUGAAAA